UCGCCUUACAACGGCGCUCUCGGCACCGCAAGGUUGGGCUACUCUGUAAGUGGUGCGGUUGUCACCUGCAGGAUCCCGCUUCAGUUAGCCACGCGCAGUGAGUGCCGGGUUUCUUUGUGCUUGCUGCUUCUCCUCCUCCGCUCAUGUAAUGCACUCCCUGAACCAAGAAAUCAAAGCAUUCUCCCGGAACAAUCUCAGGAAGCAGUGCACCAGGGUGACCACGCUGACUGGAAAGAAAAUGAUAGAAACGUGGAAAGAUGCCACAGUUCAUGUUGUGGAAGCAGAGCCCAGCGGUGGGGGUGGUUGUGGCUAUGUGCAGGACCUUAGCUUGGACCUGCAAGUUGGCGUUAUUAAGCCCUGGUUGCUUCUGGGGUCACAGGAUGCUGCUCAUGAUCUGGAGCUACUGAGAAAGCACAAGGUGACUCAUAUUCUCAAUGUUGCAUAUGGAGUUGAAAAUGCUUUCCUCAGUGAAUUUACAUAUAAGACCAUUUCUAUAUUGGAUGUCCCUGAAACCAAUAUCCUGUCUUAUUUUCCAGAAUGUUUUGAGUUUAUUGAGCAAGCAAAACUGAAGGAUGGCGUGGUUCUUGUUCACUGUAACGCAGGGGUUUCCAGGGCUGCUGCGAUUGUCAUAGGCUUCCUGAUGAGUUCUGAAGAAAUCGAAUUCACCAGUGCUUUCUCGUUGGUGAAAGAUGCAAGGCCAUCCAUAUGUCCAAAUCCCGGCUUCAUAGAACAGCUUCGCACCUUCCAAGUGGGCAAAGCGAGCAAUGGAGGUGACCACGUGCUCUCAGUGGACAGGGGCCAUGGUCCGUGAUCUGUCUCUAGCAGGGACAGACAAGCAACUUCUGUAUCUGCCUCUGUUUUGGAGAGGAAACUUGUAAAACUUCUCUUUCCUGUUGUCUUUUACCAGUGGAAAUGGGGGUUACUUUUAUUGCCCUGAAUUAAUAUAUUAAUACAAUUUUUAGUUUUACCUUCUCUUUGUUAUUGCAUUAUCUGGUUAAGCAUGUCUUUAACUUCCUAAGAGAAAAUAGUGGAUUAUCAAAUUGCUAAAUCACUGAUAUGUGUAGGAGAAAUUUUAAGAUAGAAAAGUAAACCAAUGAAGCCUUUUAA